CCUGAUCACUCCAUAUCUAAACCUUCAAUGGCACAACGGUUCAAGUAUUCUUGUUGAGCAUCUACACCGUUGAACCGGAACUAUAACACUGACUACUACCUGUUCCCGACUUGUGUCCGUCUACUGGCACUCUGGAGUUGGUUACUGCUCUGGUGAAACCCGCAGUCCACUGACUGUCCACUGUCAGUUGGCGCACGGGCUCCUAGGUGGACGGGAGCUGCGCAACCACGGCGGUCUCUUGACGACUCCGCAAUCUCGGAAUACGAAACUACCUUACAUUUCUCGGCCACUAUACUUUCAUUCUGAAGCUCGAUAGAUCUGUCCGGUAGUCACCAUGGCGACCACGAUCCCGUCAAACCCGACCCCGCAAAUGGUCCAGCAGCUUCUCACGAAGAUCAACGAUCCGGACCCCGAUUUUCGAUUUAUGGCCCUCGAUGAUCUUCUCAAGGUAUUCACCAUAGCGAACCCGAAUUUCAUGAACCAUGACUACAAUACAGCAGCGCGCACCGUCGAUCACGUGGUGCGCGCCUUGGAUGACCAGAACGGAGAGGUCCAGAACCAAGCAAUCAAAUGUCUCGGCCCGUUGGUCAAGAAGGUCACCCCCCAACUAAUUGCGCCGAUGAUCGAGAAGCUUUGUGGCUUUAAGCUGAAGAACUCGCUCGACAACUCGAUUCCCUCACUGGCAAUCCGGGCCGUGGUAGAAGCGCUACCUCGUCCAGUGCCAGGCGUGGCGCCCACAAAAGAGGUCAGCGAAGCUUAUGCCAGCAUCAGCAGGGUGCUCAUUCCUAGGCUCGUUGGACGUGCGACUUCGGCCGGCAAACUCCUCCCGGGUCUGCUGGAUCCGGAGGACCCGAGUUCGGACUCCGUUGAUGUACUCAUCGACGUAGUGCGAUGCUUCGGCCCCUUACUUCAGUCGGUCGAGAUUGAGGCGUUACACAAUGCUGUGGUCACGAUCUUAGAGAAGGACAAGGGCAGCUCUGUUGUGAAGAAGAGGGCAGUUGUCGCAGUCUCGAUGCUCGCCCACUACCUUCCCGACGCCCCCCUAAAUGCCUUCGUCAGGCGUAUCGCCGGCGUGCUUAGCCAACCUCAGCUGAAGGACACCACUCGCCGGCUCUAUAUCACCAUCUUGGGCUCCAUGGCUCGGUCAAUUCCCUACCGAUUUGGCCUCCACCUGGCGGGACUGGCGCCCCUUGUUCUUCGCGUUCUGAGUGAGGACGAGCUCCAGGCGCAGCUGGAUGAGAUUAGCGAGGGGGGAGGAGCUGCUCUCGAGUUCAACGAAGUGCGGGAAGCGGCGCUCGUCGCCUUGGACGCCUUCCUCUCAUCGUGUCCAACACCCAUGCGGCUCUUCACCAACGAAGCCAUCGAAGCCUGCAUUCGAUACCUGAAGUUUGACCCAAAUUAUGCUGUUGAUGAGGACGAGGAGAUGGAUGACGAGGAAGAGGAGGAAGACGAGCUCGACGAAGACGAUGAGUUUGAGGCUGUUGGUGGUUUCGACGACGACGAUGAUGCGAGCUGGAAGGUGCGGCGCUGCGCAGCCAAAGCGCUGCACACCAUAAUCUCGACAAGGAGUAGCGGCGACCUGCUUGAUAGUGGCGUGCUCUACGGGACAGUGGCUCCGGCGUUAAUCAAGAGAUUCGGCGAGCGCGAGGAAAACGUGCGCCUCGAAGUCCUGUCGGCAAUGGCACUGCUUGUCCGGAAGACUGGAGAAGAUGUGCUGCCCGGGUUUUCUCAAGAUGGUUCGCAUGGCGAUUAUCUGAGCCAACAACCCCCGACUCGGAAGCGGCGCCGUCAGAGCAGUGUGGCUGGCACCAUGGCCUCGGCGGAUCUCUCUGGCACCGGCCUUAUUUCCCCAACCACGAAGGUCCCGGUUACGGGCCCGCGGGCCGAACUGGCCGCUCUCACUCCAGCCAUCAUCAAGCCGCUGACCAAACUUCUCAAGGGAAAGCUCAUCUCGACCAGGCAGGCCUGUAUUAGUCUGCUGGACGACAUGGUAUGCGCGCAGAGAGGUGGGCUCGAGUCUUACUUUGACCAGAUCAUCGGGCCCGUCCUUGACGCCAUCAGGCCGUCGAGCGCUGCGUCGACUUCGGCGUCUCUUUCAUCCGCUGGAGGCAGUGCUUCUGCAACGGCGACCACCUUGAGAAUUGCUGCUCUUCGACUAACCAGCGACAUCGCGAAGAAUCACUCUUCCGCUCUGCUGCAACCAUAUCUCGCGAAGAUCGUCGCCGGGAUCGUUGCCGUGGCUCGUGAUCGAUUCUACAAGAUAUCUGCUGAAGCCAUACAGACGGCUGAGGAGCUAAUCAAGGCCAUCACUCCUCCGCGAUCUCGUGCGACGGCCCAGCAGUUCAAAGGCGAGCUCCAAAAUCUGUAUGAUGUCGCCAUUGACCGAGCCACUGCCAACGAUGCUGAUGCUGAGGUCCGGCAAAAGGCCAUCCAUGCUCUCGGCACGCUUCUGGCUAGGACAAGUGGCGCGGAAGGAUCAGCCCUUCUCCCCGAUGACAAGCGCAAGGCUUCUCUGGUCUGUCUGCUUGAGAGGCUUAAGAACGAGACGACUAGGCUGGCUGCUGUCCGGGCCAUCAAUACUGCUGCUGCCAUGUCCGCGGAUGCUGUCCAGUUCGAGACGCAGUGGACCCGCCAGGUGGUCGUCGCAUUGGCGUCUCAGCUACGAAAGUCCAACCGCGCCCUGAGGGGAUCAAGCAUCAUGGCAUUGAAGCAUCUCAUCCUGUCCCCGGCUGCAAAAGGCACCCUAGACGAGGCGACCGUGCAGAACGUCGUGGCCGCGGUAAUCAAGGUUAUCACUAACAAUGACGUUCAGCUUCUUGGCCCGGGGCUGUCUGUGCUUGCCCGUCUUACUCAGGAGAUGCCUGAUACCGUCGUGACGCCGGAGCUCAUCGAAUCGCUCUGCAGACUUCUGCAGACAGCUGUUACCGGUUCCGUCCUCGAUUCUCUGUUAGCACUUGUGACGCAAGCAGGCCAGGCGGGCCAAGGGAAGCCUUUGAUGGGGGCACUUCUAAAGGAUGUUGGCGUAGGCGGGGAGCCUGCAGUCGUGGGAAAGGUCAUAGGUACACUCCUUGUUGCGAGUGGCGACUCAGCCGGAGUCACGCUCAAUGACUUCGUUCGGGAAGUCGAGGUCGGUGCCAGUUCCGGAGAUCAGGCUCGAAGCAGUCUCGCAUUGGCUGUCAUCGGCGAAGCUGGUUUACGUCUCGGCAGUAGCUUUCCGAUCCAACCGGCAUUGUUUUUGGAACGAUUUACCAACGCGUACGACAAGGUCUCGCUCUCGGCUGCCGUUGCCCUUGGACGAGCUGGGGCGGGCAAUGUUUCGGUUUAUCUUCCUGUCAUCCUCGAUUCCUUGAAGCAGGGAGGUGGAAAGCAAUACCUGCUUCUACAGUCGAUCAAGGAGAUCCUCCAACAAGCCGCCGUCUCUUCUACUGAGAUUGGUCAGUAUUCUGCCUCCCUUUGGGAGCAAAUCUUAGCUGCGAGUGGCGCGGAGGACAAUAAGGCAGUUUGCGCAGAAUGUAUCGGACGGAUGGUCAUCAUUGAUCCCAAGGCGUAUAUGGUUAAGCUCGAGGCUUUGUUCAGAAACGAGUCAAGCAUGCUGAGGGAUAUAGCGGUCCAGGCUCUCCGGUACACUCUUCCGGAUGACAACGAGACGUUUGAUGCGUUGCUCAGAAACUCCCUUGUCGAUAUGCUAAAGACCGCGAUGAACGACCCCGAUUUGGAGAUCCGCCGGCACUCCAUGUCUACCUUGACCUCCGCAGCGCAUAACAAACCGGAGUUGAUUCUGGCCCAGCUCAACCAACUGAUGCCGUUCGUUAUGAGCGAGACGGUCAUCAAACCGGAGCUGGUCCGCGAGGUUCAGAUGGGGCCGUUCAAGCACAUAAUUGACGACGGCCUGGAAGUGCGAAAGGCGGCGUACGAAACUUUGUAUGCCCUCAUAGAUACAGCAUUUUCCCGCAUGAGCAUCAUCGACCUCUACGACCGCAUCGUUGCUGGUCUCUCGGACGACAACGACAUCCGAGCGCUCUGCAACCUGAUGGUGUCGAAACUAAUUCAUCUCGAUCCUGACGAAACGAUCCGCCGGCUCGACUCGAUCGCUGACGGCUUCAGGAAGACUCUGUCCCACAAACUUAAGGACACGGCCGUUAAACAGGAGAUCGAGAAGCAAGACGAGGCCAACAAAGCCGUCCUCCGCCUCACGCUACUCUUGGGAGAUAAGUUGAACAAGUCGGCUCUGAACACGGGCGGUGGCGGUGGCGGAGGGGCUGGAGCCGGGCCCAGCCCAGCUUGGACUAGCUACUGGGAGUGGGUCAACAGGGAUUUUGCAAGCCAGCUCAAGAGCAUCAGGGAUGAGAGCAGGGAUACCGGUCCCGAGGCCUCGGCUUCAACCUAGACCCAUUGCAGGACGUGCUCUGGACAUUAUGGGGGCGUUCUAUGUAUUGUCGCCGUAUCUGUAAUAGGCAACGCAUGCGUCCACAUGGACUCUGAUCAUCAUGUUAUUAUGCAU